AUGGGCAUCCUUCAGCUCACGAGGCUCACAUUCGCAUUCCCUGUUCCUCACAGAACCCUAAUCAUUCCGUUCCGCACCAGCUCGAAAGCUGUUUCGCGCCGUUUUAACUUAAUCCGCAACCGAUCACACUUAAAGGCCACUGCUUUCCCAUUGAUUUCUUCUACAGAGGCUGGAAUCGGUCAAGGGUUCUACUGCCUCCCUUGCAGGAACAGGCGGAUUGGUGUAGCCAUGGCGUCGACGGAUUCAGUUCAUAAAUCUGACGACGAGUGGAGGGCGGUCCUCUCGCCGGAGCAGUUCCGGAUCCUUCGCCUCAAGGGGACCGA